GCCUUUCAUCCUGUGGGCUGUGGGCCUCGUCGUCCGUCAAACCUCGUCGCCUAUAUACGAAGCGCCAGCGAGCGACACACACUGUCAAGUGCACACACGUUCGGAGGAGCCCGCUACCUCUGCCGCGAGCCCUGCCAGCCCUGCGACCGUUUACGAGGACCGGCACCGACGCAGCAGCACGUCAACACAACACACCGCCCCUCGCCCUCGCCUCGCCGCCGAAGCCAUGGCCAGACCCAAGGUGCUCGUCAGCCUCAACGAGGGCCCCGAGGCCGCCAUCCGGCUGCUCAGCAAGGAAUGUGACAUCAUCGCCGCGCCUCCGAGCCGCGAGGCCAUCCUGGAGCGCGUGCCCGGCGUGGACGCCAUCUACUGGUGCUGCAAGGUGAAGCUGGACGCCGAGAUCAUCAAGGCGGCGGGCCCCGGCCUCCGCGCGGUGUCCACCAUGUCGGCGGGCUACGACCACAUCGACGUGCGCCUGCUCAAGGAGAUGGGCAUCCCGUUCGGCAACACGGCCAGCCAGCUGACGGACGCCGUGGCCGACACGGCCGUGUCCCUGGUGCUGGCCGUCACGCGGCGCCUCAAGGAGGGCCACCGCACCGUGGAGCGGGGCCAGUGGGACGCCGGGCUGCUGGGGAUAGACAUCGCGGGCUCCACGGUGGGCAUCGUGGGGCUGGGAGGCAUCGGCCAGACCUUCGCCAAGCGCAUCAAGGCCUUCAACGUGGGGCGCAUCCUGUACACCGGACACAGCCCCAAACCCGAAGCUGCUGCGCUUGGUGCAGAGUUUGUUCCAUUUGAUAAGCUCGUCGAACAAAGUGACGUUAUAGUGGUCGCUUGCCCCCUCAAUGCUGAGACUAGGGGCAUGUUCAACGCAGAGGUCUUUAAGAAGAUGAAGCCAACUUCCGUUGUGGUCAACGUUGGUCGAGGGGAAUGCAUAGAUCAGGAUGCACUGGUUGACGCUUUGAGGAAAAAGGAGAUCUUUGGGGCUGGACUGGACGUCAUGGUGCCUGAACCCCUCCCCAAAGACCAUCCUUUGAUCACGCUAGACAAUUGUGUGUUAUACCCCCACAUUGGAAGUGCAACAGUUGGCACUCGAGCAGCUAUGGCCGCAGGUGCUGCAGAAAAUAUUUUGUGCGCCUUGAAAGGACAGCCCAUGCCUUCACCUGUGUAGAUCAGUGGAAUAUUGAAGCAACUAUCUUGUAAACAAUUGUAUUCAAGUUUCUUAAAACAGUUUAUUAAUAAAAUAUUUCUGACUUUAAGACAA